AUGUUGGAUACAAAAUUCGGUUUCCCUCCCUCCUCCCCCGCAGCCGCGCCCCCAUCCCGAGCCCCGGCCACAGGCGCAGCGCCGAAUCUCAAGCGGAGGAGGCGAGAGGGCGAGGGCGACGCCGGCGCCGACGCGGACAUGAGAGAGGAGGCGGUGGAGCGGCUGCGCGGGGUGGUGCGGGACAGCGUCGGGAAACACCUCUACACGUCCGCCAUCUUCCUCGCGGACAAGGUGGCCGCGGCCACGGGCGACCCCGCCGACGUCUACAUGCUCGCGCAGGCGCUCUUCCUCGGCCGCCACUUCCGCCGCGCGCUCCACGUGCUCAACAACUCCCGCCUCCUCCGCGACCUGCGCUUCCGGUUCCUCGCCGCCAAGUGCCUCGAGGAAUUGAAAGAAUGGCACCAGUGUCUGAUGAUGCUUGGUGAUGCCAAAGUUGACGAACAUGGCAAUGUUCUUGAUCAGGAUGAUGGCAGUGACAUCUAUUUUGAUAAGGACGCAGAAGAUCACGAGAUCAAUAUCAAAUCAGCUAUAUGUUUCUUACGCGGCAAGGCGUAUGAAGCACUGGAUAAUCGUGAUCUUGCUCGGCAAUGGUACAAGGCAGCAGUUAAAGUUGAUCCGUUAUGUUAUGAGGCUCUCGAAUGCCUUGUUGAUAACUACAUGUUAACGUGCGAGGAAGAAUCUGAGUUAUUGGCCUCUCUGAAAUUCGGGAAAGAAGACGGGUGGCUGUCAGCAUUCUACUCAUGUUUGAUUAGGAAGCAUGAAAAAGAAUAUGUAGUGGAAGCAAAAUUCAAGGAACUCGAACGCGAAUCUUGCAGUAUUUCUUCAAGUUCUGGUCAAAUGAUGAAAAAUAACAUCGAUGUUUUGGCUUGCAAAGCUGAAUACUAUCAUCAGAGUGGAGAAUACCAAAAAUGUUUUGAGCUCACAUCUGUUUUACUUGAAAGGGAUCCGUUUCAUUUAAAAUGCACAUUAGUGCAUUUGGCUGCUGCUAUGGAGCUUGGGCAUUCCAAUGAUCUUUAUCUCUUGUCAUGCAAUUUAGUGAAGGACUAUCCUCAAAAAGCUAUUUCCUGGUUUGCUGUGGGGUGCUAUUACUACUGCAUUAAGAAGUAUGAUCAAGCAAGGAGAUACUUUGGCAAAGCUACAGGGUUAGAUGGCACAUUCCCUCCUGCUUGGUUUGGUACUGGUAUUGCUUAUGCUGCUCAAGAGGAGGGUGACCAGGCAAUGGCUGCAUUUAGGACAGCAGCUAGACUAUUUCCUGGAUGUCAUCUCCCUACUUUAUACAUGGGUAUGCAAUACGUGCGGAUGCAUAAUUUCAAACUUGCGGAGCAGUUCUUCAUGCAAGCGAAGUCCAUUUGUCCAUCGGAUCCACUUAUAUAUAACGAGCUGGGUGUUGUAGCUUAUAAUAUGAAAGAGUAUCAAAAUGCAGUUCAGUGGUUUGAGUUAACCCUGACUCAUACUUCAUCGUCCUCGAAUGAAAUGUGGGAACCAACAAUGGUGAAUCUUGGACACGCACUGCGAAAACUGAAGCAAUAUAAAAAAGCAAUAUCAUAUUAUGAAAAGGCGCUCACUUUUCCAACAAAAACUCUGAGCGCAUUUUCUGGUCUUGCUUAUACUUACCAACUUAUGGAUGAUUUUGAAGCUGCCAUAACUUACUACCACAAGGCUCUAUGGUUGAAACCAGACGACCAGUUUUGCACUGACAUGCUAACAUUAGCUCUCGAGACCAGUUGCCAAAGCACCGCUCGGAGAAAAUAG